UGAGGAACGGAGCAUGGCCGGACGGGGCGCUCGGUGGGCAUGGGCCGCGCUGCGCCUGCUGGUAGCCGCGCUCCUGCUGCCCGGGGCGGCCGCAUUACAGUGUUACUGCCAUCUAUGCACAAAAGACAACUUCACCUGUGUGACAGAUGGGCUUUGUUUUACCUCAGUAACGCGGAUUGCAGAUAGGGUCAUUCACAACAGCAUGUGUAUAGCAGAAAUCGAUCUGAUUCCCCGGGACAGACCGUUUGUUUGUGCACCAUCCUCCAGAGAUGGAGUUACUACUUUGCCUCAUUGCUGUGACAAAGACCACUGCAAUAAAAUAGAACUUCCAAUUCCAACACCAGGUCCUACUCCAGGAAGACCAGCUUCUAGUCUGGGACCUGUGGAACUGGCAGCUGUUAUUGCUGGACCUGUCUGCUUUGUCUGCAUUUCAUUGAUGCUGAUUCUGUAUCUUUGUCAUAACCGUACUGUAAUUCAUCACCGUGUGCCAAGUGAAGAAGAUCCUUCAUUGGAUCGUCCCUUUAUAUCUGAAGGAACUACUUUAAAGGAUUUAAUUUAUGAUAUGACAACUUCAGGCUCUGGGUCAGGUUUACCUUUACUUGUGCAAAGAACAAUUGCACGAACUAUAGUACUCCAAGAAAGCAUUGGUAAGGGUCGCUUUGGAGAAGUAUGGAGGGGGAAAUGGAGAGGAGAAGAAGUUGCUGUGAAGAUCUUCUCUUCAAGAGAAGAGCGCUCGUGGUUUCGAGAGGCAGAAAUUUAUCAAACAGUUAUGCUACGACAUGAAAACAUUCUUGGAUUCAUAGCUGCGGACAAUAAAGACAAUGGUACGUGGACACAGCUGUGGUUGGUGUCAGAUUAUCACGAACAUGGGUCGCUCUUUGAUUACCUGAACAGGUAUACAGUAACCGUGGAAGGAAUGAUAAAAUUAGCCUUGUCUACUGCCAGUGGCCUUGCUCAUCUUCACAUGGAAAUUGUAGGCACACAAGGCAAACCAGCGAUUGCCCACAGAGAUUUGAAAUCAAAAAACAUAUUGGUAAAAAAGAAUGGAACAUGCUGCAUUGCAGACCUGGGGCUGGCAGUUCGACACGAUUCAGCUACAGACACAAUUGACAUUGCCCCCAACCACAGAGUAGGAACAAAAAGGUACAUGGCACCUGAAGUUUUAGAUGAUUCCAUAAAUAUGAAACAUUUUGAAUCAUUCAAACGAGCAGACAUCUAUGCAAUGGGAUUAGUAUUUUGGGAAAUUGCUCGUCGAUGUUCAAUCGGUGGAAUCCAUGAAGAUUACCAGUUGCCAUAUUAUGACCUAGUUCCUUCAGAUCCUUCUGUUGAAGAAAUGAAAAAAGUUGUUUGUGAGCAGAAGUUAAGGCCCAAUAUCCCAAACAGAUGGCAGAGCUGUGAGGCAUUACGAGUAAUGGCAAAGAUCAUGCGGGAAUGCUGGUAUGCCAACGGAGCUGCUAGGCUAACAGCGUUGCGUAUUAAGAAAACACUAUCACAGCUUAGUCAACAGGAGGGGAUAAAGAUGUGAUCCUGGAUUUGCUACCAAAAACAAACACAAAAAAAAACUGUAAAAAUCCAUACCUGCACCAGAGUGGCGUGUUAAGAAGGUUAAUUGUUCUACCUCACUGGGGGAACAGAAGGAUAUUGCUGCCUUUUAAUACUGCAUAGGAACGUCACUUGUUAGGAUUUCUGUGGAUGUGCUGAGCAGUUGCUUUGGGUCCUUUCUGUGCACUAUGAACCUUGUUCUGAGGUUACUUACAAAACAUCGUGUAGACUAGUUUUGCUUUUAUUGACCUAUGAUUUUUUUAUUUGGAAAGUUCAUAGCUGGUCUUAACUUCUAGUAAACUGUACUGAAAACAAGAUUGCUUUUAAAAUGGCAACGGUUCACUGUAUUGUUCUAGAGUGCAUUGAAGGCUGCUUCAGCGACGUUAUUCCUGCCUGGUACAUUGAGUAUUCUGAACCGCUGUUACAGUUCUUUGAUUCAGAUUUUGAAUGUACUGUUGGAGUAUGCUUUGCUGCCCAUUAAGGUUGUAUGUCUUUGGAAUGCUUACCUUAAUUUGCAAAUUUGACCUCAUUCAGUAGUGGGGAACAUAAAUUAUGCAACUAUCUACAUGAUUACUGUUUGUUUUUUUUCCAUAUUUCCAGAACACUACAUUGCCUUUAAAAUAGAUUGUAUUAUAUCAGUAAGUGCUGCUUUUGAGUCUUUUCAUGCAUACCAGCAAGUGUACAGAGCCCAUGGUACUUUUGAUUUCCAAGAAUGAACUGUUCCUUUCCCUAGGUAAGAUUUAACUCGCACUCAUUUCAGCAAGCGAGUGUGUAAUUUGUGGAAGACCUUGAAUUUUACCAAAAUCUAACUCUUUAAACUAUUGUUUAAAGUCUCAAAACAUGUAAACUGGUUAAUUCAUUGUCACACUUUGUAAUUGCCAAGUCAUGAGUCGUAAUUUAAGCUUUAUUUUAUGUGGUAAUUCUGAAAUCUUGAAGACCAACCUACUUCAGAAAAAUAGCGUGAAAAUUAAGAUGAUCUCAAGGAAGAUUUUCCCCCUUCAAAUUUAAUAAUAGAAGCAUAUGUUCUGUGCAGUUCUGUGGAGUCUUUAGGCUUAAAAGCUAAUAUUCGCAAUUAAAUGAGCGCGAAGUGUACUUGUAACUAGGGAGACUUAUUUAGGCUUUUGUACAAGAAAGCUAGAAGCUGCCUGUAAAUCUUAUGUGCAUAUUUUUUGUGUGCCACAUACAAAGAAAGGGAUGAGCUAUAGAAACCAGUGAGCUGAAGGUCUUUAGAUACAAAUACCAGAAGACUCCAUCAAUGUUCUUCAGAAGAACAAAGCUUAUGAUGGUUUGUGUUGUCGUAAGGAUACAUAAAAGCAUGCCUGGCUUUAGUCAGACCUUGCCUGAAGCUGUAGGGACAUCACAGUAUCUUCGCAGACUUGUUUAGAAAUUGAAUUCCUUCCUGCCCAACUUCUGAACGAGGGUAGGGAAACUUGUUAAGAUUUUUUCUUGCCAGGAUAUGUUUUACUUGCAGUGGUAGGAAGAGUGUGGUUGAUCUUUGGCUGGUAAUUAGUAUAUAAACUAACAAUUAACCUUUCACUCUCCAGGAGUAUUCCUGGUGAGCAACACACAGCAACCUUAAUUCUGCUUUCUUUUUGUUUUUCAGCAUAUAGCUCCUCGAAGGCUUUUCACAGAGCUAGUAGGGAUGGCAAGGUGAUUUGCUAAUGGUAGCAUAGCUGAGAUUGUGCCCCUUCGUCUGUGAUGCACAAUUGGUAACAGCAGUAAGAUGGGCAGAGAGCCUAGUGAAAAGGCCGUGUAGGUGGCAAAAGUCUUGGCCAAGGCUUAGCGUUAGGUAAGUCUUGAGCAGUGCCAAACUCUUAAUGCUUGCUUGGAGAUGGGAUUAAAUGAUGUGGAAUUACAGACUGUCAGAGUUUGAGCUGCGUGGAACGCAAUUCUUUCUUCAGCCACCACAGUGGAUGAGUUUAGAGAACAGAACACAAUGACAGAGAAGUUCUCAGUAGAAAACAGUUGGGUUGCAAUGUUCGUACAACUGUCCCACCUGUGUGUUGUGUCUCUUUUUGGCACACUGCUUUCAGGACGCUGUCAGUCAAAGUUAAAUCAAAAUGACUUCACGUAGGGAUUUUAAACUACCUUUAUGCAAAUGACCAAAUGUAACCAGACUCUUCAUUCUACUUAUUUGACAUGCCCCUUUAACGCAUCCUGUAGAUGCAGAAAAAUACUUACAGAAAACAAGUCAGCAUCAGAGGAAGACUUACUAUUUGCUCCAUACUAAUUUUAGAGACUUAUUAUCUAAAUAAUGUUAAAUUCUGACGUUUGUCGUAGCUUUACCUGAUUCCUUAUCAUAGAUACAAAUGGUAUCGUUCAUAAUUUAGAAACAUCAUGCCAUGGGAAGGACAGUCAAUACUGUGUGACAUUACAAAUAUUAUUUUAGAACAACUAUGUUGUUCAUAUUGGAAUGCAGUACAGGAAAAUUCUGAAUGGAUAUGUAUGUAUCCUCAGUUCGGAUACCACGACUUCAUGCUGUGUUCUUUUACAUUAUAAAAACUGAACACCUUUUACAAAGGCUGUGUCUGUAUAUAUUAUGUAACUUUAAGUGUUACCUGUGCAAGAUCAUAUCUUAUAUGUAUGGACACAGGUACACAUAAGUAUUUUUUAAAUUAAGAUUUUAUUAUCACCGGAUCUGCUCUUGGAAAUCCAGGGGGACCAAAAUAUUUUAGCAUUCAGAAUACUAAUUUUAUAUCAUUUCAAGUAUAUACCAAAACAGUUUGAAUACUGAUGCAAAUGUUUAUUGUAAAUAUACGUACCUUAUAUGUUCACUUAAGUUUUAUGGAUUCAAUCAAUUUGAUAUUUUAGUAGCAUUGGAAGCCUCGGCGAUCAGUUGGAUGCAUACUGACAUGUAGAAUAAAGAGUGGGGAGAAUUUUCUGAUGCUGAAAAGCCCAAAAUAAUGCUUUUGGAAUGCUGGAGUUCUUCAGGGACCUUCUAAUGUUGAAAGCUGGAAUUCUGAGAUGUUUAUCAAGCUGAUUUUCCAGGCGUGAUGAUCUGCUGUCACCCUCCUGUGGUCUCACUUGUAAUCCUGAGAAAGACUUUGUAUAUAAAAACACUGACUGUAUGGGAACAUGAAGGUGUCAAACAAAUAAGAGGCUAUAUUAUAUUUUCAGUCAUGGUUCUGCGUGUGAUUGUCAUGAAUUCCAGCUUUUAGUUAGUUUCUUGUUUAUACUGUUCCAUUGAAACGAUUGUAUGGCGUUAAUCAUUUCAUGUUUAUAAAAAAAAAAAAAUCACUAUCAGUUGCUUUAAACUCUAAUUACCUCUUAAAAGGCCAAGGUACAUUUACCUCGUGUAUAUAAUGCUUAAUAUUUUCAGAACGUUUUCCAGGUUUGCAGUUAUAUGUUUUUAGAAUAUGGCUAAUCCUAAAUUUUUAGCUUCAGUGGUACUAAAUGUAUUUUCCCGUGCCCCAAAACACUUUCAUAUUCCAUAUUUUGUUGUAUUAGCAAGUCUGCUGCUCUGAGUGUAGCACCUACCCCUUCAUGUAGCUGUGUGGAUGGAUACUGCCUUGUAAAUUUUACUUCUUGGAUGAUAAAUUUGAUGAUCCUGUA